AUGGCGGAACGUGGGAAGUAUGUCCCUCGUGCAGUGCUGGUGGACUUGGAGCCAGGAACGAUGGACUCUGUGAGGUCGGGUCCUUUUGGCCAGAUCUUUAGACCAGACAACUUUGUCUUUGGCCAGAGUGGGGCAGGUAAUAACUGGGCUAAAGGUCACUACACUGAAGGAGCUGAGCUGGUUGACUCUGUCCUGGAUGUGGUGAGGAAGGAGGCAGAGAGCUGCGACUGCCUCCAGGGCUUCCAGCUCACACACUCCCUGGGUGGAGGCACUGGCUCUGGCAUGGGCACGCUGCUCAUCAGCAAAAUCCGAGAGGAGUAUCCGGACCGCAUCAUGAACACUUUCAGCGUGGUGCCUUCGCCCAAGGUUUCAGACACSGUGGUGGAGCCCUACAAUGCCACCUUGUCUGUCCACCAYCUGGUSGAGAACACAGARGAGACCUWCUGCAUUGAUAAUGAGGCCCUGUAUGACAUCUGCUUCCGUACACUGAAACUCACUACACCCACCUAUGGUGACCUCAACCACCUUGUCUCAGCCACCAUGAGCGGGGUGACCACCUGUCUGCGCUUUCCUGGCCAGCUCAAUGCUGAUCUGAGGAAACUGGCUGUCAACAUGGUGCCCUUCCCCAGGCUGCACUUCUUCAUYCCAGGCUUUGCCCCCCUGACCAGUCGGSMCAGCCAGCAGUACAGGGCACUGACAGUUCCUGAACUCACCCAGCAGAUGUUUGAUGCCAAAAACAUGAUGGCUGCUUGCGACCCACGCCACGGGCGCUACCUUACUGUCGCCGCCAUCUUUCGGGGUCGCAUGUCUAUGAAGGAGGUGGACGAGCAGAUGUUGAACGUGCAAAACAAGAACAGCAGCUACUUCGUGGAGUGGAUCCCCAACAACGUCAAGACGGCCGUCUGRGACYUCCCUCCRCGCGGCCUCAAGAUGGCCUCCACUUUCAUUGGCAACAGCACAGCCAUUCAGGAYCUGUUCAAACGCAUCUCAGAGCAGUUCACUGCUAUGUUCCGCCGCAAGGCCUUCCUCCACUGGUACACGGGCGAAGGCAUGGACGAGAUGGAGUUCACAGAGGCUGAGAGCAACAUGAACGACUUGGUGUCCGAGUACCAGCAGUACCAGGACGCCACUGCUGAGGAAGAGGGCGAGUUUGAGGAAGAAGGCGAAGAGGAAUUGGCCUAAACAACAGCCAUGACCUGUUWYUUACUAUGCAAGAGUUAAGGGCUGGGAGACAAAGAUUAAACAGUUAGCUCCACUGAAAGUUUUGAAAUGAUAACAUUGAAAUAUUGUCCAGCCUUAAUGGGAGUGCAAAGAAAUUAGUUUAUAACUGGUUUUGGUUUAUAAAUGUUCACACUCUUGCCGUUUCAUUCAUGUUUGUGUUUCUUCCAUCCUGUUUUGAAUAUGAAUGUUUUCAACUUUAGUUUCGUCUUUGUUUAACGUGUAUCACCCAAAUGUCACACCYCUCUGAGUAGCGUUGGCAACCUUGAAACGUCUGGCAUGAGUCAGCAAACAAGUGGAAAAAACAACUUUGGACAUAUUGUUGAAAUUAAWAUGGCUAACGUUCCCUCUCUGUUAUACACAAGUCUCAGGAASUUCCAGUACUUGUCUUAUGUUAAAAUCCACCAUGUCCUGUAGCAGUUUGAGUCUAUAUAUAAYAGCUCAGUCCACUCAUUACAGACUGACUGCUUUGUCCACUCGGUGGUGGUGUUGUGCAGUAGUGUGRGUGAUCACCCUGUUUGUUCUUUAUCCAGUUCCAGGUUUAGAAUGUGUUUGAUGAAAGAGAAUGUCACAUUGGUCCGUUCAGGGCAUUUUUUGCUGAAUGUAACAUCUAUUCUGCAAGCAGAAUUAAAU